AAAUCGAAAAAUAAUUUCCUCCUUUGUACUUUCGUUUUUAAUACAUUUAUUACAAUUUUAUUCAAAUAAUAAGGUGUAAUGCGUUCGUCUCAAAGUAUGUCUUCGAUGGAACCAUUCUUGAAUUCUUCACUGAGGAAGGUAAAGACACGAAACUCAUUAAACAACUUGUACAAACACCUAGAUAUUACCAAGUCAGACGUUCUUGAUGCAACAAACGAAUUUACAAGCUUGAUACCAAAGUACGAGGACUACGUUUUCACAGACGGCAGCAAUUUUAAGCUCCUUCAACUCGUUGGAACGAUCCCUACGACAUACAACGGUAUCGUGUACAACAUCCCAAUCAGGGUCUGUCUUAUGGACACACACCCCUACAUUGCCCCCAUGGUGUAUGUAACACCCUCAUCAAACAUGCAGAUCAACCCAGGGCGUUACGUUGACCAGAACGGCAAAGUCGAUUUGCCAUAUCUAAAGGAAUGGAACUAUCCCACCUCGGACCUGUUUGGGAUGCUCCAGGUCUUAUCGAUCGUGUUCGGAGAGCAGCCUCCGAUGUAUGCUCGCCCAACGGCGACCAAUCAGACUUCACCCCGCGUGUAUUCCCGCCCACAACCAACAAAUCAGUCAAUACCUCCCGUAAAUGCCCGCACACAGCCAUCAAAGCUGCCGCCCCCUCCCGUAAAUGCCCGCACACAACCGACAAAGCUUCCGGCCCCUCCUAGAUAUCCCGCAGAGAGGACGCAAAACCCCCCAGCAGAAGGUAAAAGGCAAGCUCCACCGGCCCCGUGCUCUAUGUCAAAUAUUGAGGACCAGACUACAGACUCUUCAACCAUUGAUGAGGAACUUGAUGAACUUCAAAAGCUGCAAGGGUUACUGAGGUGUAAGAUUUGCAAUGUUCGGCGCGUGGCGUUGGCCUAUCAGCCUUGUGGUCACUGUGUCGCCUGUCAGGACUGCGGAUCCAAGGUCCACAGCUGUCCCACAUGUCCCGAUAAUGGAGCAAACACGCGAGGGACUGUCAAGAUACUUUUUGCACCAUAAACCCCACGGAUUCUGCAGUAUGCAGUGUGUUUACAUUAACAUUAAUGACAGCCGCAAGUUUACUGUCGAAGACAUGUAUACAGUCGUCAUGUCCUAGUUUGCUUAUGGGGACGAUUUUGCGAAAAGUCAGAUUUGUCUUUCCGUAUAAUCAAUUAAUGGCACGUUGAAAAGUUCUUGAACGUAUGUAAAGGUCGCAAAGCAAUAUUGAAAAAAAUGUGAAUGUAGAUGUUUUUUUAUCAUGUUGACAGUAAUUUUCUUCAGUUUAUUUUGUUAAUAUUUGGAUGAAAUAUGUGAGAAAAUAACGGGUUUAAUUCUACCGUUUAAUUUACAAAAACAUAUAAGUUUAUUCGCUCGACUCUCAUAAUUCAAAAACUCGCCCUUUCCCAAGAUGAAGAUGCAUUGGAGUAAACUGACAAGUUCAUAACACUGUAUAUUUAAUCGACAGUUUAUUCAAGUGUUCGAACUGUUUUCAAACAUAAACCUCAUGAAAUACG